AGGAGUAAAGAUGGCGGUGCGGCGGUCUCCGCCUUCUGCUCCCGACUGAAGCGCUCGGAGGGAGGCGGGCAGUGGCAAUCGGAGCCGCUACAGCGAUCCAGUGCUGAUAGUAUCGGCCGCCGCCGAGGCCGGAACCAUGGCGGAGCUGGAGCACCUGGGCGGGAAGCGGGCCGAGUCGGCGCGAAUGCGGCGGGCUGAGCAGCUGCGUCGCUGGCGGGGCUCGCUGACAGAGCAGGAGCCCGCGGAGCGGCAGCCGCCGACGAGGCGCGGGAGCCCCCGGGUCCGCUUUGAGGACGGCGCGGUCUUCCUGGCCGCCUGCUCCAGCGGGGACACCGACGAGGUGCGAAAGCUGCUGGCCAGGGGUGCCGACAUCAACACGGUCAACGUGGACGGCUUGACAGCCCUGCACCAGGCCUGUAUUGAUGAGAAUUUGGACAUGGUAAAAUUUCUGGUGGAGAACAGAGCCAAUGUCAACCAGCAGGACAACGAGGGUUGGACACCACUUCACGCGGCAGCUUCCUGUGGCUAUCUCAACAUAGCAGAAUAUUUCCUUAACCACGGAGCCAGUGUGGGCAUUGUGAACAAUGAGGGCGAAGUCCCCUCUGACCUUGCCGAAGAACCUGCCAUGAAGGAUCUCCUCUUAGAGCAAGUGAAGAAGCAAGGAGUCGACCUGGAGCAGUCAAGAAAAGAAGAGGAGCAGCAGAUGUUGCAGGAUGCACGCCAGUGGCUCAAUAGUGGGAAAGUAGAAGACGUGAGGCAGGCACGCUCUGGGGCCACUGCACUCCACGUGGCUGCUGCCAAGGGCUAUGCUGAAGUACUCAGGCUCCUGAUUCAGGCUGGCUGUGAACUCAACGUUCAGGAUCAUGACGGCUGGACUCCCCUGCACGCGGCUGCACACUGGGGAGUCAAGGAGGCCUGCUCCAUCCUGGCUGAGGCUCUCUGUGACAUGGAUGUCCGGAACAAGCUGGGCCAGACACCAUUUGACGUGGCUGAUGAGGGUCUUGUGGAGCACUUGGAGAUGCUCCAGAAGAAGCAGAAUGUGCUUCGAAGUGAGAAGGAGACACGGAAUAAACUCAUUGAGUCAGAUCUGAACAGCAAGUUGCAGAGUGGAUUCUUUAAGAACAAGGAAAAGCUGCUUUACGAGGAGGAGCCCCCCAAGUCUCAGGACACAGAGGAGGAAAACAAAGAAUCCAGCAGCUCCAGCUCAGAGGAAGAGGAGGGUGAAGAUGAAGCUUCAGAAUCAGAAAAUGAGAAGGAGGCAGAUAAAAAGCCAGAAGCCGUUGUCAACCAUUCCAACUCUGAGAGCAGAAGUAUUAUGGAGCAGACACCAACACCAGCUCAGAAUGCCUUCUCGGCUUUUUCUACUAGGAGAUUCUCCUCCAGCCUUUUUAAUAAGUCAGAAGAGCCCAAAGAUGAAUCCCCUUCUUCAUGGAGGCUGGGACUAAGAAAAACUGGCAGCCACAACGUGCUGAGUGAGGGCGCCAAUUCCAGGGAGGCGCUAAGGGACCGGGGCUCCUCCAUCCAUCGCUCCUCGUCAAGCCCGCGGAUUUCUGCUCUGCUCGACAACAAAGAAAAGGAGAGAGAAAAUCGAAGCUAUUUUAGUUCACUAGCAUCCCGGAGGCUCAACAGCACAAGUGACGUUGAAGAGAAGGAGAACAGAGAAUCAGCUGUGAACCUGGUGAGGAGCGGCUCCUAUCCCCGGCAACUGUGGAGGGAUGAGGCCAAGGGAAAUGAAGCCCCGCAAACGAUUGCUCCUUCUGCCUACGUGUCAACCUACUUGAAAAGUGCUUCAUUUGGUAGAAGUAGUGACCCCACAAGUCCCUACAUUUCAGCCAAUCGCACUUCAUCUCCUGCUACCUCACCCAUUACCAUUGGUUCAUCUACCUCUCGGGGCAGCCAGUGGCAACCUGCCUCUUCUUGCUCUACACCAAUCAGUGCAAACACUACUGCAUCUGUACACCAUGGCAGGACCCCUUACAAAUCCCAGGCUGACUCAACAGCAGAGAAAACAGCAGACAGUGUCUCUCCUAGCACCCCGCUCUGUGUCAUCACCAAUCGCCCUCUUCCUAGCACUGCCAAUGGAGUGACAGCCACCACUGUGCCUGCCUCCGCUGGAACGGACUCCUCUGUGGAAGCCAGGGAGAAGAGAAGGUCCUAUCUGACUCCCGUACGGGAUGAGGAAGCAGAGUCCUUACGGAAGGCCCGUUCCAGACAAGCUCGGCAGACGCGAAGGUCUACUCAAGGGGUUACCCUAACAGACCUUCAAGAAGCAGAAAGGACAUUCAGCCGGUCAAAGGCCGAGAAGCAGGCUCAGGAGCAACCUGGCGAGAAGCCUGUCGACCCUGAAGGGUUUGAGGAGAGCACCGGGAAGCAUGAGCCCUCAGCAGCCCCAGCAGAGGAGGCUGCAGAAGGUCAGCAGCCCUGGGCCCGGGGUCUGGAUGAAGAGCCUGUUUAUCGUCGCUUGAGGUAUUCAUCUCAGCCAGACAAACCCACAACCCCAGUAUCUCCUACUGCUUCAAGACCCUCACUCUACACCAGUUCCCACCUGUCAGGGACAAGUAGAUCUUCAGCCCCUGAGUCGGAGAGUUCAGAGACAGCUGAGAGCACUGUAGGCGCAAAGGAGAUGGACAGAAAUGAGGGUGAAGAAGCAGACUUGGAUGACCAGUCCUCCAAUAAGCUGUCCAUCCGCGAGAGGAGGCGGCCCAGGGAGCGGCGGAGAGGCACGGGCAUCAAUUUCUGGACAAAUGAUGACGAUGCCACUGAUGUCUCUGAAGAGGUCAAGCAGGCAUGGCAUGAAAGACUUUCUAGGUUGGAAUCUGGAGGUAGUAGUAACCCUACAACCAGCGAUCCUUACAGCGACCGAGCAUCAGCAAGAGCCCGCCGCGAGGCCCGCGAGGCCCGUCUGGCCACCCUGACCAGCCGUGUGGAGGAGGACAGCAACAGGGACUACAAAAAACUCUACGAAAGCGCCCUGACUGAAAACCAAAAACUGAAAACAAAACUUCAGGAGGCUCAGCUAGAACUGGCAGAUAUAAAAUCCAAGCUUGAGAAGAUGGCCCAGCAGAAACAAGAGAAGACCUCUGACCGGUCGUCCAUGCUAGAGAUGGAGAAGCGGGAGAGGCGAGCCUUGGAGCGGAAGAUGUCGGAAAUGGAAGAAGAGAUGAAGGUGUUAACAGAACUGAAAUCCGACAACCAGAGGCUGAAAGACGAAAACGGUGCCCUCAUUAGAGUCAUCAGCAAACUGUCGAAAUAGACACGGGCCCAGCUACAGAAAGACGGGAUUGCCUUGGCGGCCCAGGCCCCUCACUUCCAGCCAUCGCCUUCCAACCAAAGGAAGUGAAUGUUUUGGUGGAAGGACCUGCUUGGGUCACCUCCUCUGCACUGUACAUUCUCUGCACUCAGAAUGCCCUGCUCCUCCCACGCCCUCACUUGCAGUUGUAUGAGUUUGAAUUGAAGCAUGUUUGUGAUCAUGUGAGCCAUCUGGAGAAGGCCUUGGGGGAGGACCUCCAGCCAGCUGUGGACCCCCAGCUUCUUGCUGCUCAGCCGUUGUGGUUCACACUGGAUUUGGUCCAAACACUUAGGGCUUCUCCACAACCCAGCGGCCUCUGAUGCAGGUGAGUCCUGUGGUGGCCAGGCCAGGAUGCUGUCUGGGGCACAAGGAGACACAACAGGAUGCGCCCUCAGGCUGUGUGUGCUGAGUCCAAGGUCAUGGUGGCUCUGCAUUGAGGCUCUAUUCCUCACCUCUCAGGAACUGGCUGAUUUUUUUCUGUCUACAACCAAGUAAUAUCCCAAGCCAGUCUUAACCCCUUCGCCACUUCCUUUCUUUUCUUUCCUGUUACUCUUUCUUCUGCCUCUGCUCCCUUCCCCUGACCCCCUGGUGGAGAAGCCAAAACACAGCACCGGACCUCAGUUGUUUGGAGCUGUUACAGGAAAGCGUUAAGGUGGAGACUAGAAGAUCACCAUACUGGUGUCUUGGUGGCACCACCAGCCCCUGUCCCCCAAAUCCCAGACCACAGCCCAAGUGUCAGCCCACUGUUCUCAUUUCCCCCAACAAAAUUAUUUUAUUUAUAAGAAACCUGGACUGUCAGUCCUCACUUCCGCCUUGCCUCCCUUUGGCCUUCUUUCCCCAUUCACUCUGGCAGCUUCCCCGAGUGAUAAAUGAAGUCACUGCAAAGAGGCACGAAGGGCAGGGAGGGUGCACUGCCGCAGGUGGACUAGAGUGGAGUGGGCCGGGAAGAUAAGCCUGUGAAAGUAGGGUAGCUGAUGGCACUAGGAACAUUGUGACAAAGAAGACAGCUUAUGCUGGGCUGAGAAUGGUUGUGAAUUUUAUUACUUCUAGUGAUUGGAUUUAGGAAAGAGGUGUUUGCUUCCUUGGAAGCCAAGAGGAACAGUGACAGCUUCCUAGAAAUGGAAUAGUUUCAACCCAGGGAUGAGGAUCAUGGCAUUUUAGAGUGGAGAGGCCCAGAAGCCUUUGGUUCGAUUUUCUAUUGUUGUGUACCAGGGACCCCUGUGGUCAGUCAGCUGCUGGGGUCUGGGCACCAAUUACCAUAAGGUUGAGCAACUCAAACCACUGGUUUCUCCUAACGGGAGCAGAAGUCUGCCUGUGGUUCUUUCUGUUGUCUGGAUCUGCCCUUGGGAGCUCUUCAUUGUCCCGGCCCUCACAGCAUGGCCACACUGUCAUGCCUGUCACAUCUUGGCCAAGCUCCCCUUUUAGAAUAUGCCCAGAGCUGGACAGAAUACACCAUCAGUUCAGCACAAAAUGAAUCCAUUCAUUCUUGAUGAUGGUCCGUUAUUAAUAUGUAACAUCUUUGCCUUUUCUAAGAGUUGUAUCCCUUGAAUCAUAGUCAGUGUGCAGGCCAUUUAAGUCCUCAUCUUUUAGGGUUGCCAGUGAUCUUUGGUGCUUAGAGUGACCUAGUCUCUCAACAUAUACUACCUCCGCUUGUUUACUGCUUACCUGAGAGUAGCAUUGCAAUUCCCCACACACACCCCACAGCCUUGGAAACGUUACGUGCAGUUAAAGCCCAAAGCUGUAGUUCAAAAUCCCAAUUUCAGAAUAGGAGCUCUGACAAAGCCCCAUGUUUACAGCAUGCAAAAUUCUCACUUCCAUCUCCACCUGUUUUCUAAGAAAAGCUACUCUUAGCCUUGGAACAUUGGGUUUCAUGGGAGCACCAUACGCUUGGUCUUCAUGGAAGGCUCAACCCUCCCACUCAGCAUUUUCUUCAUUCUAGGAAGAGGAAGAGGAAACGACCACAGGAGUUUCCUAGUGGAUUCCAGCACGUCUUGGAUACAGGGGAAGAAAGGAUAGCAACUUCUCUCUCAGGAAAAAGUAAAAGAUAUUAGGGAAACAUUGGAACCCUCCCCCAGUCCACAGUCCCAGAAAUGAAGUUAGAAAGUUCCCUCAGGUCUGUGUGUGCCUUCCAGAUACCAGAGGAAGGUUCUGAAAACUCUUAGGCCAGUGUUAACACCACUGCUGCUUCAUGCUUAUUCCAAGUUUUUCUUGUGACAAGAUUUGCAAGCUUUUUAAUCUCAGGAGUGCUAUAUUCUAUAGGCAGGAACUGAUGAAAACAAAAUGCAUCCUAGGUCAUUUCAUGCACUUUUUCUUAUGCAAUGGAUAAACUCUGAGUUCUCAUCUUUGUCCAGAGAGAAAAAUGCCGUUUCUCCCCGGACACAGUGACUGGAAGGCCCGGAAGGCAGUGGAUACAGAGCUUGUUGCUGCCAGCUGUGCUCUGGCUUUGGCAUCUGAGCUGCUUGGCCAGUCAUCUGCUAUUGGUCUUGUCAGUGGCCACAGCCCCAGCCCCCCAUCAUCGGCUGCUAGUUUGAAUACUCCUGGGUGCCCCAGAAAGCUCCAGCUGGCGGGGUAGCACAGGCGUGGCCCACACGUGUGGGGCUGCAGUCUGUCACUUGGUCUUGUGUGGUCUGUGGGAAUGGGGAUGCUCGUACUCAGCAGAGCUUCACACCCUCUGUCCUCAUGAACUUGGUAUUUUUCAAUAUCCGGACCACUCCUUUGGGAAUAGCAAUUUGGCCAUUCCAGAGAGCACCGGAGAAUGCUGGCCCCAGCUCUGCCCCAGCCCUAGCGGGAGGGCCUGAGCUCAGCAGUUGACGGCGCAACCAUGCCCUGGCUCUCCUGGGCCAGGUUCAUCUGACAGUUCCUGUCUUGCUCUAUCCUACUGUGGGUGUCUGGUGCUUUUCUGGCCCUCCCCAAGUUUCUGUCCCUGCCCCACCCUGUGUUUAGAGAGACCUGGAUGCAGUCGCUGGCGAGGCAGCACGUCUGUGGCAGCAUUUUUCCCGCUCUCCCCUGCGCCAAACAAAAUGUGUGCUGACUGGACAGUGAGUGCUCAGAAAGAAGGUGACUACAACCCCACGUCAUGGCCCAGUGCCCCAGCGCAGCACCCACUACUGGCUGUUUCUCCACCAGGGACAUUUGUUUAAGCUAGAGAUGAGGGAAGAAGAGACUCUCAGGGCUGGGCAUUUGUUCAACCUCUGCAUUUCUGGUGCCUUCGCAGCCUCUCCUGGCUGCAAAGACUGGACACAGUCAGAGAAAGCCAGUGUCUCAGCCCUAACCCCGCGGGCAGGAGCCUGUCCUGACGGAGCUAUAGAAGAGCAGGCUAGCGAAAAUGCCACUAGCUACAUAGCUGUUGGCCUGCUCUGCUCCUCAGGCGGGAGAGCCUGGGGUUGUUCCCCAGUUCUGCUGCAGAGUGCACAGGCUGCCCUGCAGCUUCCUGCUGGGGCCACCCUGCGGGACCCCAGGUCCUCCUACAGCCCAAGAGGAGAGGCACCUGCGGCCCUGCUCAGGCCAGUUAUAACUACAGUCAGAGUAGUUACAGGAGGGAAAGCGGGGCCCAGGCUCACCCCUCAAACACGGUGCGUCCCUCUGACCCAUUGAUAAGGCGCUCUGAGGACAGGUGAGGCCUGCUCAUGGCUGUGUGACCCUGGGCAAGAGCAUCUCUCAAGUCACCUUUGGUCUAAAAUUCUGUGACUUACUCGUUCCUAGGGAAGAUCUGUUCAUCUCUUGAACUUGGAAUUCCUGCUUCAAAAUUCUUUUCUAAACUAAAAAAUACAAGAGUUAAUAAUUCCUGUUUUCAUAUGGAUUCAAACUGUUUCACCUCAGCAUGUCAAGGUUGGCUUCUCAUCCUUGUUGGCAAGUGAAUUUCAUACUGCGGGUAACUGAGUGUGACUGCCUUCCCUUCUAAUGGUUUAGUAAGAAUAUUCAAACCUGUGGAGGUGGCAGUGGAGCUCACAGGGAAGUGUAUGGGAAACAGCUUGUUGCAGGCAGCCUUCGGACAAAUGGUUUUAAUAGGAAAUAGAGCCCUCUGCAUUCUCUAAUGGGAUCUACCGUGGCCCCUAACACCCAAGCAGUAGACUAAUUGCAUUUCUACUUAGCACCAGCAGGCCCACAGUCUUGAACUCCCUGCCAGCAGCAGGAGAAUUUCCCUCAGUAAAAACCUCACUCAUUAAUUCCGCUGAGCAGCUCCUCUGGACUCGAGGGCUCUGGUGCUGUUGCAGUCUUCGGUUAAAAAGCAGGUGUGCAGAGGAGGCUGCCAAAGCAGCAGGCAUUUGCCAACCACAGUCCACUGUGUCAAAAGCCCCCUUGGGAGCAGUGCAAAGGGGUGGAGGCUCUGGGCUGUGUCCUGUGAUGAGAGGAAGGCAGACAUGUAGGCUUUGAGUGCAGAGCAGAGUGGAGACUACAAACCCUGGCAGGGAGGGGUCUCCCAGAGGCAAAUGUGGGCAGUGGAAAUGAGUGUUGUGCCACUGGUGACUUGGCUGAGUGGAGGUUUAAAUGAGCUGCCCUGAAGGGUAUUGACACUGUUUGGGAACAGUAGACCCUGUCAGGGACAACUGUUGACCGCCUGCGUCCUGAUUGGAUGGGAAGUAGAUCAAAUUCCUGGCAGCCCAGGAGCUGACACUGUUCCAGCUGCUAGGAAACACGGUGAUCCCUGUGGCAUACCAAGAAAAGGCGUGUUCACCUCUCCUCCAAGAUUGGUGGUGGAGGGCUUACAGCCAGGUCCCCAAGACCCUCCUUGGGGAGAGCUGGUGAGAUGUGGGUGUGUCUGAAAAUAGCAUUGCUGAUGCAUGUUCUGAUUUGGCCGAAGAAGUUAGCAGUUGGCGGGUUAUUCGUGCCUCUAGCCUAUGU